GGCUGCCAACCGCCAUAAUACUCCACAGAAGAAGAAGACGAGCGGGAACGGUGGAGCGGGGCCAAUUUGUCUACGCAGGCCCUUCUUUUCCAGUGUUGGCUUCAUGGUUGGCCCUCGUUGUAUACGCCCACGUAUACAGUGUAUAACGCAUGCGCAGUAGGUGUCGAGUAAUUCGGCGCUGAAAAGGAAGAAGUAGCAGUGAUAACCUCAGCUGCAGUAGCAAGGGGAACUACAGCACUAUAAACUACAACAGCGUCUACCUAGUUGCUUUGCUUUCGAGCAUCGUGACACAGCACAGAGUUUGGAACAUGGCCGAUAAAGAGGUGUAUGAUGACGCAGUGGAAGAAAGGGUCAUCAAUGAGGAGUACAAGAUUUGGAAGAAAAACACACCUUUCCUGUACGACCUGGUGAUGACCCAUGCACUGGAGUGGCCCAGCCUUACUGUCCAGUGGCUUCCAGAUGUCAGCAGGCCUGAGGGGAAGGACUACACCAUUCACAGACUGGUUUUGGGGACUCAUACAUCAGAUGAGCAGAAUCACCUUGUGAUUGCCAGCGUUCAGGUACCAAAUGAUGAUGCCCAGUUUGACGCGUCGCACGACAGUGAGAAAGGAGAGUUCGGUGGAUUUGGCUCAGUAAGUGGAAAGAUAGAGAUUGAGAUCAAGAUCAACCACGAGGGAGAGGUAAACCGAGCCCGCUUCAUGCCCCAGAAUCACUGCAUCAUUGCCACUAAGACUCCCACCUCUGACGUUCUGGUCUUCGACUACAAUAAGCACCCGUCUAAGCCAGAUCCCAGCGGGGAGUGUAGUCCUGACUUGAGGCUGAAAGGCCACCAGAAAGAAGGGUAUGGCCUUUCCUGGAAUCCCAACCUCAGCGGCAACCUACUCAGUGCCUCAGAUGACCAUGUAAGUGACUAGGAUUAUAAGCUAACA